UAAAGAUUGAAGCAGACGAACGGUUAAGGAAAUGUCAAACUUGUAUGGAAAGUUAUAUCUCAAAUGUAUUGUGGUGGACAAGGCUUUUCAGGGAGUGCUGGAUGCAAGGCGCCAGGAACGCAAUUUCCACGUGGUGUAUGAAACGUCACUUCCGGUCUCAUGCAGAAACAGAAAUGACAUGCUUAAAGAGAUCGAGUUACGCAGUACGUACAACAUCGAACCUCUGCGCCUGCUAUACCUAUUGAAGGAGCAGAAUCGCGCGCAGGACUUUUUCCACAAUCAACAAGGACCACAACGAGGGACUCUCUCCAGACGAGGUUGCUUUGCUUUUCAAGGUGGAAGAGUCCCAAAACUAACUGUCUCCAAUUACGUCCUUGACCACAUCACCUGCCAGCAGUCGAAGGUCAUCAUUUAAUCCAUAAAUUUCACCGUCCUGUCUGGGCCAAUAGCUUUUCCGACAAUAUGGCAUACAUUAACUUGCCGAAUGAUUUACUCUGUGUGUGUCAACAUGUUCUCGACUCUUAUCUGUCUUUGUUAAUUGGUGCUACGUUUUUUUUAAUACGUCAAUAAUGUUUGAUAAAAUCAGCGAAUUUGA